CUUCCUUUUCCCUUUUUACUACGAGUCCAAGAUGGGAAUUGACAUCAGACACAACAAGGACCGUAAGGUUCACAGGAAGGAGCCCAAGAGCCAGGACAUCUACCUGAGGCUCCUGGUCAAGUUGUACAGGUUCUUGGCUCGCCGUUCUGAUGCUCCCUUUAACAAGGUGGUUUUGAGGAGGCUCUUCAUGAGCAAGACCAACCGCCCUCCUCUGUCCCUCGCCCGCCUGAUUCGUAAGAUGAAGCUGCCAGGCAGGGAAAACCUGACAGCCGUGGUCGUCGGAACCAUCACCGAUGACAUCAGAAUCCACAACAUCCCCAAACUGAAGGUGUGCGCUCUGAGGGUCACUGCUGGUGCUCGCCGUAGGAUCCUGAAGGCUGGCGGACAGAUCAUGACCUUCGACCAGCUGGCCAUGACUGCCCCCAAGGGUCAGGGCACCGUGCUGCUCUCUGGACCUCGUAAGGGCAGAGAGGUGUACAGGCAUUUUGGAAAAGCCCCUGGAACCCCCCACAGCCACACCAAGCCCUACGUCCGCUCCAAAGGCAGGAAGUUCGAGCGUGCUCGUGGUCGCAGACCCAGCUGUGGUUACAAGAACUAAAAGCUUGUCUGUCUUUUUUUUGGGUAUUGUACAAAUAAAGAUCGACUAUUCGAAAUACCA